AUGGAGAUGGCGUCAUCAUUCCAUAGUGAGAAGCGGUCGUUUGACAGUAAGCAUAGAUUAGGCAGUAAUACGCCUGUUUCUGAGGAGACUCAAAUUAAUGAUUACAAGGGAACAGUGGAAAACUUGAGUGAUAGUCCUGUGGAAGUUUCUAACAUCCAAACUGAAGGUAUCGAUGGCCCACCAAAACAAGGAUUUUUCCAGAGAGGUAUUCUAGGUAGAGUUGUGGAUUCAUACAGAAGAGCAGACAUACCAGGUCAAGAUGAUCCUGAAGGUGACAUGGUUUCCAAUGCUGGUCUUAAGCAAGCCUUAAAGACCAGACAUGUUGCAAUGAUGUCUUUGGGUACCGGUAUCGGUACUGGUCUUUUGAUUGCUAAUGGUAAGGGUCUUUCAAAUGCUGGACCUGCUCCAUUGCUUAUUGGUUAUGGUUUGGUUAGUGUCAACACAUAUUUCAUGGUGCAAGCCGCUGGUGAAUUGGCUGUUGCAUUUCCUACAAUCCCUGGUUCUUUCAAUGCUUAUACUUCCCAACUUGUGUCCAGACCAUUCGGUUUUGCAACUACUUGGUUAUUUUUCGUACAAUGGUUAACUAUGUUCCCCAUGGAAUUGAUUGCAAUGACGUUCGCGGUUAGAUUUUGGACUACAAGGGUCGAUGCAGAUGUAUUCGUGUUAAUUUUCUUCGUGUUUCUUUUCAUAGUUCAUUUUAUCGGUGUGGAAGCUUAUGGUGAAACAGAAUUUUUCCUCAAUCUGUUCAAAGUUCUCAUGGUUAUUGGAUUUGUCAUCUUUGCCAUUUGUGUAGCUGCAGGUGGUGCUGGUGAUUCUGGUUAUAUUGGUGCCAAAUACUGGCAUGACCCAGGUGCAUUCGUAAGUCAUACUGCAGAAGGGCGAUUUAAAGGUGUUUGUUACGUUUUGGUAUCUGCAUAUUUCUCCUAUGGUGGUACUGAAUUGUUUGUUCUUUCCGUUAAUGAACAAGAGAACCCUAGAAAGACAAUACCAACUGCAACGAAGACAACGAUUUACAGAAUUAUUUUCAUUUACCUUUUGACAAUGGUCUUGGUUGGUUUCACUGUUCCAAACAAUCAUCCAAGAUUGAUGGGUUCUCCAUAUGCUAAGGAAGGUGUUCAAUCUGUCUCUCCUUACGUGUUAGCUGCUUCUUAUCAUCACGUUAGAGUUUUACCACAUUUCAUCAAUGCUGUCGUCAUGUUGGCUCUUGUUUCCAUGUCAAAUUCUGCCAUGUACGCAGCACCACGUCUAAUAUGUUCAUUGGCCCAACAAGGUUACUGUCCAAAAUAUUUUGAUUAUAUUGAUAGAAGAGGUAGACCAACUCGUGCACUAGUUCUUUGCUUUAUUAUUGGUGUUAUUGCAUUUGCUUCAAGCAGUGAGAAGAGGGAGACUAUUUUCAGUUGGUUAAGUGCCAUUGCAGGUUUAAGUGAAUUGUUCACUUGGAGUUCAAUUAUGUUAUCCCACGUUCGUUUCAGAGCUGCAAUUAAGGUUCAAGGUAAAGAUAUCAAUGAAUUGGGUUACAAGUCCAACACUGGUGUUUGGGGGUCUGCCUAUGGUGUCUUCUUUUCACUAUUAGUUUUCGCAGCUCAAUUCUGGGUUGCUCUGUCUGCACCAAAUAGUGGUGGUAAAUGUAGCGCUAGUGAUUUCUUCCAAAGUUACUUGGCCCUGCCAAUUUGGUUGACAUUUUACGUCGGUUUCAUGCUUUGGACCAGAGAUUUCACUUUCCUAAUUCCAUUGAAUAAAGUCGAUUUGGAUUCCUAUAGGCGUUAUUACGACCCUGAACUUCUAAGACAAGAAGAUGAAGAACACAAGCAAGCAAUGAAGAGUGCAUCCAUUUGGAUUAAACUACAUUCAUUCUUCUGCUGA